AGCCGGUGACAUUUUCGAAAGAGUAGGGAGGCAUCAUUUCAACGCACUAAUUUAAAUUCUGAAUACUUGCCAGACCCUGUGCUAAGUAGUGUUACCAAAAACAAAAACGAAAGAAAACAAUGUCGGUGAUGCAAACAAAUGUAUUUAUUUUCAGUCUCCUUUCGGAGAAUUGCAAAAUGAGGCAGAAGGCCCAGAGCUUUUACAGGAUAAAGAAUCAAGAAAAAGGAAGAGACAGAAAAUAUCGGAUUGGCCGGGGCCACAUCGUCACCCUUGUUUAACAUUGAGUUGGCCUGGCUUUGAGGUGUUGGCUGAUUCAGUAGACUGCAUGUCUGGUCAAACGGAGCAUUUACAGGAUGGCAAAGUUAUCUAAGUUUUGUUUUGCUGAUGGGCCACCCUGAACAGGAGCAACUUCAUCUUGGACCUAGAAAUUCAACAGUAGGUCAUGUUCCCAGGGACCUGUGUAAUUUUCCUUCUCACUCCCUAUGUGUUAAAUCAUCCUGCUUAACUAAAACUUACAUCAUUUGCUUUGUGCAGCCAACUUUCCAACACCAAAAAAAUGGCCAACUCAGUUUUGGAAUAUGUUCUUUCAUUCUAGAUUUUUUUUGAGCCUCAUUAAUACUUUUACUGCUACACAUACACAGGAGUCACAAAUGUAGGGGAUUAAAACCACAGAUUACUUAAAUUACUUACACGUUGCAAUGGCUGAUAAGGACCUUGAGAGAAAAAUCUAAAUCGACGUUCUCACUCCUUUUUUCCCCUCAUUUUCACAUCUGAGAACCUGCUGUUUACCAACUAUCGCUCUCGGUGCUAGAAGUACAGAGAUAAACUGGACACGGGCAGGGAUAACAGAGGACUCCUGUGAAGAAUUAUAACUCUCUUGGAAGAAAUAAGCUUUGAAGGAAGGAAAGAUAUAAUUUGUGAAAUGUACUGAGGGAGGGAGGAGCAUAGUAAUCAAAUCAAACAGUUGAUCUUUUCUUCAGACUUAACUGGUGUCACCUGAAAGAUGAGUGCGUAAUAAUAGGUGAGACACAGGCAGUGAUCAUCAGUCCACUAAGAGAAACCAGCUUGCAAAGAGGAAUGGAAUCGACAGAGGAAAUGGCAGGGAGUCUUUUGAAGACAUCAUCUAUGUCUCUAAGGACAAAAUUGCUUCAUCCAGUGGGAUUGUCACUUUAUAAUACGUCUCAUGGCUUCCAUGAAGAAGAAGUGAAAAGAAAACUUCAGCAGUUUCCUGGUGGAUCCAUUGACCUUCAGAAGAAAGAUAAUGGCAUUGGCAUUCUUACUCUGAACAAUCCAAGUAAAAAGAAUGCCUUCUCGGGUGCUAUGAUUCUACAACUUUUGGAAAAAGUGAUUGAAUUGGAAAAUUGGACAGAGGGAAAAGGUCUCAUUGUUCGUGGGGCAAAAAAUACUUUCUCCUCAGGAUCUGAUCUGAAUGCUGUGAAAGCACUAGGAACUCCAGAGGAUGGAAUGGCCUUAUGUAUGUUCAUGCAAAACACCUUAACAAGAUUUAUGAGACUUCCUUUAAUAAGUGUUGCACUGAUUCAAGGUUGGGCAUUGGGUGGAGGAGCAGAAUUUCUUACAGCAUGUGAUUUCAGAUUGAUGACUAGAGAGAGUGAGAUCAGAUUUGUUCACAAGGAGAUGGGCAUAAUACCAAGCUGGGGUGGUGCUACCCGGCUGGUUAAAAUUAUCGGCAGUAGACAAGCUCUCAAAGUGUUAAGUGGGGCCCUCAAACUGGAUUCCCAAAAAGCUUUAAACCUAGGAAUGGUCGAAGAGGUCUUGCAGUCUUCUGAUGAAAAUGAGUGUCUAGAAGAGGCACAAGAAUGGCUAAAGCAGUUUAUCCAAGGGCCACCGGAAGUAAUUAGAGCUUUGAAAAAAUGUGUUUCUGCAGGCAGAGAGCUUUGUUUAGAGGAGGCAUUACAGACUGAAAGAGAUCUUUUAGGAACACUUUGGGGUGGACCUGCAAAUUUAGAAGCUAUUGCUAGGAAAGGAAGAUUUUGUAAAUAGUCCUUUUUAAACAUGAUGUACAAUUCCAACAAUUAAUAUGUGAAGUUUAAUGAUAUUAAAUGAGUGUCAGCAUUCCUUUGAAGGGUACUACUAGUAUUUGGUGUUUUUAGUAAUUUUUUGAAUUCCUAAACUCAUUGGCUUAGUUUUCAGGAGCUCCCCCCUUACCUGCAGGUAACACGUUCCAUGACCCCCAGUGGAUGCCUGCAACCAAGGACAGUACUGAAUGCUUGCUAUGUUUAGUUUUUCCCUUUACUUACAUGCCUAUGCUCAAGUUUAAUUUAUAAAUUUAAGAGCACAGUAAGAGAUUAAUAAAACAAUUAUAACAAUAUAUUGUAAUGAGUUACGUGAACGUGGUCGCUCAGAAUGUUUAUACUGUCCUCACCUUUGCACUUAUAGGAAGCACUUUGCAGCUUCUCUUUGGCAUAUCCAAAUUGCCAGCCUCACUACUCUUGCGCUUUGGGGCCAUUAAGUGUAAUAAAAGUUACUUAAACACAAGCACUAUGAUACUGUGAAAGUCUGAUGACCGAGACAGCUCAGUGACUAAUGGAUGGGUUGUGUAUACAGUGCAGCUCCGGCUAGGCAGAGGGAUUCAUGUUCCGGGUAGGAUGGAGCAGGACAACGUGAAAUUUCAUCAUGCUGCUAAGAAUGGCAUGCAAUUUAAAACAUGAUUUAUGGAAUUUUCCAUUUAAUAUUUUCUGACUGCAAUUCACUGUAGGUAACUAAAACCUCGGAAAGUAAAACCACAAUUGUGGGGGGGGAACUACUGUAUUUGGGUAUUUACUAAGUAAAUGUGGAAUACCUGGCUAAAAUAUACAAUACUUUUGGCUUAAAAACUACUACCAAUUUCCCAAAUUUCCAUACUAGUUUUUAGCCUAAUAACCAAAGACCAGUUUUUAAAAGGAAAAACUUCUACACAAAAUCUAUUCCUGGGUUUAUUUUUCUUAGCUCUUUGUUCUGUCUUACCUGAAAAUAAUUUACAAAUAAUAAUAAUGAAGUUUGCAGUUAAAGAACAAAAAUGGAGACAAGAAGAAAAGUUAUGAUCAAUCAGUUCCUUCUACUUUAAGCAGCUGGAGUAAAGAUGUCAUGCAGAAAUGGCCCUUUUUAAAAAUAAAGAUGCUCCCUACUUUACCCCCUUACAAAUUUGGAGCCUUAUUUGAUCUAAUAAUUAGUUUUCAAUUUUAAAUUAUCUGCUAAACGAUAGCCACCAUCUGGAAAGUCUAUCUACUGAAACGAAAUUGGCCAUUCAUUUGUGUGCCCUGGAAUUUCCAAACUACUAGUAAGUUCUACUGUUUGUGUAGUAUAUUAACUUUACAUCAAAACUGCCUAAGACUUCAAAGGGACGCGUGAAGCAUUCUGUAGCAUUUGCAUUUUACAUCAGAUUUCUAUUUUUUUCUGAAAAAUAACUGGCCGCCUUUUACAACUAGCUUUCUUUGAAAAGUAAAUAAAAAUGUAUAACUUAAA